AUGUCUCAACAAGGAAACGAUGGGGUGAGAGUUGCAGCUAAUGGAACGGUUGAAGGCGUUAGAGCCUUGGUUGAAACUCUUCAAAAUCGGCUCCAUGUGGUGGAAGAAAGGGAGAGACGUCGUGAGGAGAGUGAAGAAAGUUCUAGCUCUCAUACUAGAAGAGGAAGCCGUGGUGGCGGUGCUUCUAGUAGUUCAAGUGAAUCUAUGCAUCCCUAUGAUGUAAGAGCUCAUUUAAGGAGGCAACAUCAACAAAAAAGGAGAAAUGAAAGAAAUGAUGUAGUUGGUGAUGUUGGUGAUGCAAAUCGGCAAGUGCAAAGAGUAAGAGAUCAAGAUGAUGUUCAAAACACUUAUGUUCAUGCUUAUACUCCCAAAGUUGAGAUUCCUGAAUUUGAUGGGAACGGGCAACCUGAUGAUUUCCUUGAUUGGUUACACACGGUCGAGAGAAUCUUUGAAUAUCAAGAUGUGCCUGGGAAUAAGAAAGUGAAGCUUGUUGCUAUCAAGCUUAGAAAACAUGCAUCUUUGUGGUGGGAGAGCUUGUUGAAGAAAAGAGAAAGGAGGGGCAAAGACAAGAUUCGGACAUGGGACAAGAUGGUCCGAGAGUUGAAGAAGAAAUUCUUGCCCGAGGACUACAAGCAAGAUGUGUUUAUCAAGCUUCAAAACUUGAAACAAGGUGCUAUGAGUGUUUCGGAUUAUACAGCUGAUUUUGAUUCCUUGAUGAUCAAAGCAAACAUUAAUGAGCCCGAGGAGCAAACAAUUGCAAGGUACUUGGCUGGUUUAAGAGUUGAUAUUGCUAAUGGGACAACUUCUAAGUCUCCAUUUGCUCCUAAACCGAAAGUUGAUGAGAAGGACAAAAGCAAGAAAGGUGGUGAUGAUGCCGAGAAAGCUAAGUUGAGACAAGAGAGAAAAUGUUUCAAAUGUCAUUGCUUUGGGCAUAUGGCUGCAGAUUGUCCUAAUAGGAGGGUUGUGACACUUGUGGAGGACAACGAUGAUGAUAAUGAGGAGGUGACUCAAGUUGUAGAGGGUGAAGAUUGGAAGAGGAAAAAUGUGUUCCAUACUCGGUGUACAUGUCAAGGGAAGGUGUGUAUGGUGAUAAUUGAUAGUGGGAGUUUUGAGAAUUUAGCCUCGGUGGAAAUGGUUGAAAAGCUUGGUUUGAAGACCACUCCCCAUCCUUCACCGUACAAACUUAGUUGGUUGAAAGAUGAAUCGGAUUUGAGGGUGACUUUGAGAUGUGUGGUGCCAUUUUCCAUUGGGAAGCAUUAUUCGGAUGAGAUCACUUUGGCUCCUUUGAAGCCAAAUAUUGUUCCUACACCAAAGAAAGAGGCUUUGCUCAUGACUAGGAAGGAGGUGAUCCGAGAGCUUAGAGGUGAGCCUAUUGCAUUUGCUUUGGUUGAUGAGAAUGAUGUUGUGCAGGAUUCGGGUUUGCACCCAAAAUUGUUACCAUUGUUUGAUGAGUAUGGAAAUGUGUUCCCGGAUGAAAUUCCAGCUGGUUUGCCACCAUUGAGGGACAUUCAACACCAAAUUGAUCUCAUUCCAGGUUCGGUGUUGCCUAAUAAGCCAACUUAUAGAAUGAGCCCUAAAGAAUAUGAGGAGCUACAAAGGCAAGUGGAGGAAUUGUUGCAAAAGGGGUUGAUCCGAGAGAGUUUGAGUCCUUGUCCAGUUCCUGCUCUUUUGGUGCCAAAGAAGGAUGGUUCAUGGAGGAUGUGUAUUGAUAGCCGAGCCAUCAACAAAAUCACCUUUGAUUAUAGAUUCCCCAUUCCUCGGCUUGAUGACUUGCUUGAUCAAUUACAUGGGGCAAAGGUGUUUUCUAAGAUUGAUUUGAGGAGUGGUUAUCACCAGAUUCGGAUGAAGCCUUUAGAUGAGUGGAAAACAACUUUUAAGACAAGGGAUAGCUUGUAUGAGUGGCUUGUGAUGCCAUUCGGGUUGUCUAAUGCACCUAACACAUUCAUGAGAUUUAUGAACCAUGUUCCCAAGUCUUGUGUAGGUGAGUGUGUAGUUGUUUAUUUUGAUGACAUCUUGGUUUAUAGUCCUGAUGAAGAUUCUCAUAUUGUGGAUUUGAGAAAAGUGUUUGAUCUGUUGAGAAAUGAAAAGCUUUAUGCUAAUGUGAAGAAGUGUCAUUUCUUCACUCAUGAGGUUGCAUUUUUUGGGGUAUAUUGUUUCGGGAGGUUCAUUAAGGGGUUUAGUACUAUUGUUGCUCCUAUCACCGAAUGCCUCAAAAGUAAGAAGUUUUGUUGGACAAGGGAAGCUCAAGCUAGUUUUGAUGAGUUGAAGAGGAGAGUGACCGAAGCUCCAACAUUGAAAUUACUCGAUUUUAGUGCACCAUUUGAAGUAGAGUGUGAUGUCUCGGAUGACUUCUAUGCAUUGGUGCGGGCACUUGAUCAUUGGUCACAAUACUUGCUGCCACAACCUUUUGUGUUGUUUUCGGAUCAUGAAGCCUUGAAUUUCAUCAAUCAACAACACAAGCUUAAUAGGAGACAUGCAAAGUGGGUGGAGCUUUUGCAAUCUUUUAGUUUCUCCAUUAAGCACAAGGUCGGGGCUCAAAAUGUAGUAGCCGAUGCACUUAGUAGGAAGUUCACACUUCUUACCUCAUUACAACUGCAAGUUGUGGGAUUUGAAGCUAUUAGGGAGUUAUAUGAGCAUGAUGAAGACUUUGGAGACGCAUGGAGAUCUUGUCAUCAUGGCCCUAGUAAGCUCUAUUCUCUUGUUGAUGAUUAUUUGUUUUAUGCUAAUAGACUAUGUGUGCCUCGUUGUUCUUUGAGGUUGGCUAUUGUAGAGGAAGCUCACGGUGGAACAUUGAGUGGGCAUCUUGGAAGGGCUAAAACUUUGUACAUGGUGCAACAAAACUACUAUUGGUCGAGACUUGAGAGGGAUGUUGCUAGGCAUGUGUUAUCAUGUCAUGAUGAUAAUAAGGAGAAGAACCUUAGACCUAUACUUAAGAGGCAUAGCACUCUAAAGUCGAUGGAGGAUGAUAACAAUAAACCUAAACCUUCCAACAAAAAAGUUUCUUUUGACCUUGAUGAGGAUGGUUUCAAGAAACUGAUCAAGAAAGCAGAUCAUUUGCCACGGCCUGGUUCACCAUCUCGAGAAGGUCCCGACCUCAUCGUCGGUAUCUCUACCACGUCUAAGGAACUCCAAGUGUUACCUGCAGUACUCGAUAAUGGUCGAGAGGCACUUGGAGGUGACGUUGGGGAGGGGCAUGAGCUCUUCAGAAGUGUCAGGGUUCUCGUUGAGGAAAGUCUUGAUAGUGACAAACUCCAUGGCUAUUGCUUCCUCAACUUCCAACUCUUGGUUAUCGGUGGUUCGAAGGGAUGGGACUUGAUGCGCCCAAGGCUUAUCAUGGAGGGAAUGAAGCGCCAAGGACUUAUCAUGGACUUGAAGAUGGCUAUGGAGAGUCUAAUUGAGAGCUUAAGGCCGACGAACGAAGAGGAAGACUCGGUUAGCUUUAUCGACUCAUACAAGUCUAGAAGCAUUGAAGAGCACAAUGGAGCUAAUGUAGAACAUGUCUCGGAUAAACAUGGAGAUGUCAUGGAUGUUCAAGAAGAUGCUAUGGUUGAUCCCGGAUUGAACACAAGCUUGGAGGAGCUUAGAGUUGGAGGCAUCGCACAUGACCGGCCAUUGCUUGGAGAAGCCGCGCAACACCAGCCACUUGACCGGCCAUCGCAUGCGCCAUCGCAUGGGGCAACUGGUCACAACCGGCCAUUGCAUCGGGCAUCAACCGGCCACAACCGGCCAUCGCAUGCGGCAUCCGCGCACAACCGGCCAAUGGAUCCUUUAGCCAUUCCGCAAGGUCCAAUGAUAAGGGCUCGGGCAAAAAGGAUAGUUUCUAGAAUAAUCUAUGUAAGCCGCCCUUAUGGCUUUAGGAUUGGGAGAGAGGUUACAAACCCUAUUGGAGACAAGUGGUACAAAAUUGGAUCAAGUGGUACUAUGGAAGGAGAACAAGAUCAAGUCAAUUUGGCUACUAUGUUGCAAACCCUAAUGCAACGUUUGGAUACUAAGGAUACUAAAUUCGGUGCCUUGGUCGAUGAUGUCCAACAAGUAAAGGAUGGACAAAAUCAACAAGCUCAACCACCUCAACAAAGAGCUAAUGUCGCACACAACCAUGAAAGAGUUCAACAUCAACCAAGACAAGUUGUUCCUCGGAUGGAUCUGUAG